AUGCCACCCAAGUCAGCAAACAAACCCCAGCGAGUAGCGAUAGAUACUCCGUAUCUCGGAAAUGUUGAUGACGUUCCCCAUCCACCACCCAUAGAUCCACCUCCGAGGGUACAACAAGACGGCAUUUGCCCGAAGCUCCGCAACGAAGAUGUGUCCUCGACCAACGGUGAAGUAAUGGUUCGGAGCAACUAUGUCCAAGUUAGCAAGAUCCCCCAAACUCUCCAUGCGUAUACCCUGAAGUUCACUCGUCCAGCUAAGGACCAAGGUCGUAUUGAGUACAAUAAGCGACGGGAGAUCCGGGAUGCCUUCCAAGCGAUGGUCAAAGCAGAUGUUCUCAAACUCGGCGCGGGGAAAGUAUCGUAUGUCACCGACUUCAAGAAGCUAUGGACGACCAUGCCCAUUAACAAUGUUCUCAAGAUUGGUUACGCACACAACAGCAAAGAGUUCGAGUACAUCCAACCAAACGGCAAGACAAUUACCAAUCUGAGGGUAGAACUCACUUACGUUGAUCAUUUGGCCGAUAUCCAACAAAUACUUCAAACGAAACCUUUGGCAGAGCUUCCCGAAUACAUUCGAGCUCUCAACGCCACUGUUGCGCAAUGCAUUGAAGAGCACCAGGAACAGACCGGAAAGAAGAUUGACAGGAUCGGUGCAAACAGAUUCUACGUUUCCAAUGGCUACAAAGAGAUGCGUGGCAUGUUACGAGCAGGUCGCGGGUAUUACACCUCAAUUAGACCAGGGACCGAUGGACCACUUUUGAACAUAAACCCUGCAACUUCCGCGUUCCUCCCACCUAUCAAGGUUUCAGACUUUAUCAAAAUGAUGGGAGCGGUGAAAGACAAUCGAAGAUAUGUUAGUCAGCUUUUGCAAGGAGCAACGCUCAAGAUUCUGUACAUCAGAGCAAACUACGAAGGCAGUGAGAUCAACUACAACUCGGAAGCUGCUCGAUUGAAGGUUUUCGCUCAGUUUGGUGAUUACGAUUUUCGGAAGCAAAAGUUCUACGAACUGGAAGAUGCUGUCGUCGGACAGCCAAGGAGGACAAAAGAUGGUGAUCUGGGAACCACGGUUCAUGAUUACUUCACUCAAACAGCGAACGUAUCAUUUCCACCCGAAGCAAUAGACGGCUCGUUCGAGACGUGGUGUGUCAACGUCGGCAAACGCGUCAAGAUGGAAGGCAAGAACACCAACAGAUCCGACGACGAGAUGGACGAGAUCAUGCGAGAUCAAAGCGCACGCGGUGCGCAGUGGAUACCAGCCUGUCUGCUACAAAUCGUUCCCGGACAGAUGAUCACGACGACACUAGACAGCGGUCAUACCGGCGAGAUGAUCAAGCAUGCCCUACGCUUGCCAGCGGCGAACUUUGGUCUGAUUGAGGAAGAAGGCCUCGAGAUCAUCGGAGUCAAAGCUGAAAACGGUCGACAGCCCUUGGCUUCUGCAAACUUCACCGUUGAGAAAGAACUGAUUGAAGUCCCUGCAACCACUCUCGAACAGCCGAUGCUCCACUUCAAAAAUAAUUCCAUGUCCAAAACAUCGGGACCAAAAAGGAAAUCGAGGAAGCAGGAGACUACCAAGAUGCCGGUGCUUGGUCACUGGAACCUUAGUAAUGUCGAAUUCGCUGAAACGCCCUCCCAACUAGGCAAGCUUCAUAUGCUAGCAUUAUCAAAUUGUUUUGGCCCAUCUGCCAACACCAGCACCCUACUUCAACAAGCUUAUACUGUUCUUCGUAGAAAGCUUGAGGACCAUGGUAUCUCGAUCGGUAACGGAACGACUGCGGAAGAGAGCAAGAAUAACGUUCCUUCAGGAGCCGAGGGCGCUGUCAAACAUUUGUUCAACAAUAUUCAUCAGUCUACCAAAGACUGCAGCAUCAUUCUGAUACCUGAGAAGGAUUACAAGCUCUACGCAACAUGGAAACGACAUUUCGACUUCUCUGGACGACAGGUUCUCUUCGCGACCGGCUCAAAGUUCUCUGAGGUGAACUCGCAGAAUUUCCUGUCUAAUCUGGCGCUGAAAGUUAAUAUGAAGUUCGGUGGUGUAUCGCAUCAUCUGAAUGCAGAUACGCUCGAUAAACUAUUUGGCAAGAAGUCGAACAUCAAGAACAAUAUCAUAGUCCUGGGUGCUGAUAUUGGUCAUUGUGGGGCGGGAGGUAAAGAAGGCAGCCCAAGCGUCGCAUGUGUCGUUGGCAGCGUUGACAACAGAUUCAUGUCCUACCCUGGCUCUAUGAGAUUACAGCGCGGGGGCCAAGAGCAUAUUGAGGAUGAGCAUCUGAAAAGCAUGGUGAAAGAACGACUCCAUGCCUGGAGACACGCACACGCUCCAGUGGCUUGGCCUACGCACAUGCUGUUCUACCGUGAUGGCAUCUCCGAGAGCCAGUUCAAGUAUUGCAUCGACCAUGAGAUCUCCACCAUCAAGGACGCCUAUAGGGAACUUUGCGAUCAAGAUCUCCAGCUGACCUUCGUGGUGUGUGGUAAGCGUCAUAACACCCGGUUCUAUGCCACCGAAGCGAGUCAAACCUACCCUCUGAACAAGAACGACAACAGGCUAAACGGAAACCUUCAACCGGGACUUCUCGUCACGAAAGUUGUCACCAAUCCUACACCGUUCAACUUCUUCCUCCAAUCGCACAAGGCCCUCAAAGGCACCGCUCGGUCAGCCCAUUACCACGUCCUGGAAGACGGCAUGAAUCUCGGCGAAACGGCACUGCCUCAACUGACAAUGAUGCUCUGCUACACCUUUGGUCGUUCCACAACAGGGGUCUCCUACGCCGCACCCGCAUACAUUGCUGAUCGUUUAUGCGAACGCGGUCGUACGUAUCUUCGCGAAUGGAAUGCCGAUCCUGAGAUGGAUCCGAAGUUUGAAAUGCCUUCUUCGGAAAAGGACCAGAAUGGCAAGAACGUACGUGUAAGCCAAGAAGAGAUUGAUAAGGCUAAGGCAGACCUUGCGAAGCUCAUCUCUGAGACACCGACACUAUGGGGCAAGUAUGAUAAACCGGUCAACUUUGAUGAAGACUCGUUCCUUCACGGUCAGGAGUGGCUUAACCCCUGGCAUCCUAUUCUCAACGACCGGAACGGCAUGUUCUGGAUGUAG